AGAAAGGUCAUGGACGGAUUUGGUCGAGGCCGUUGUCUUUGUCAACUUCAACGUGUGUUAUGCCUUCCAGCAUCGAUACAAACACACCGCUCGUACGGAGUGACUAUCAUCUGGUCACUUCUGCAAAUUUCACAGCAUGAGUCUCACCAGUGAGCUUGGUAUUUCUCCUGUAUUACUCCAAGCUAUAACCCAUACCUUAGCCAGUAGGGGGCGCCACGCGUCCGGGAGUGGCAGGACAGUCAACUCCGCACUGCACAUUAAUGACACAUCUACGGGGAGCAAGAUGAACGUACUGAGAGACAACGAUGUGAGUCGCGCUCAGAAAGUUGUUGCGCACAUUCUUCAGGACAUGAACGAACCCGUGUCUGCUCUCCUCAGCGAGGGACAUUCCGAACAGAACGUUCUGAGGUUUGACGGACAGGACCAAGAGUUAAGUAAAGGGGUGGAAGUGACGGACACGGCAGACAUAGAACUUUUGAGGCAGCGACUGGACAGACAGCAAAGUGUGCCGGACGGCGGGAUAAGGACAGAGGUUGAGGGAGAGCAGAUAAUCAUAUCCGAGUCAGACGUCAGCAUGGUGAAUGUUUUGACAGCAAUUGCCUCUCACCACCUUAAGGCGGGUGGCAAAGACUUGACUGUCCCUGUCCAUCUUGUGUCCUCCAUCGCAAACAAAAUGGCUGAGGAGAACAGUUCACAGCCGCAGUAUGUGGUAUGUUAUGGCGGUGAGGAGGGCACGGUCCCGUCUCCAGCAGCCAAUGAUAUCGUGGUAUCUGAGGCAGAGGCGGGGCUUCCUAUCGACUACAUGAAUAUGAGGAAAAUCUACGUGAACCAGAAUGGUGAAUCACAACUUCAGGGCGCAUCUCCCGUCAAACGGAUGUGCUUAGACUCAAGUUUGACAGAGUGCAGGGAGACUGUGCAGUCUGACUCUGCCUCUAAUGGGGUCAUGAACUUGGUGUUGAACUCUGACAUGUCACCUGCAGGGUCUGUGUACCAGGUACAGAGUGAGGCCCCAUCAGAACAGUACCCCACGGUACUGGGCAUUGGCGGCAUGUGCCCAAUCUGUGGAGACAGAGUCUCAGGUUACCAUUAUGGAAUCUUCUCAUGUGAGAGCUGCAAAGGGUUUUUCAAACGCACAGUUCAGAACAAGAAGUCCUUCAGCUGUAUGAGAUCUGGGGACUGUGAAGUGAACAUUUCAAAUCGUAAAAAAUGUCCUGCUUGUCGAUUCCAGAAGUGCCUUGUGAACGGAAUGAAGCUGGAAGCGAUACGUUCCGACAGAACGCGAGGUGGGAGGAGCUACUACGACGGGUGUUCACCUCACGGCAAGUCCAAACCCACGUCAGGCACACACACCGGCAGCUCGGGACAAACGGCUACGCGCUACAAUUACAGGGAGGAAGACGCAGGUAAGACGGGCAUUCCAGGAGGGGCAGAGGGUGUGGACAGCAGGCUCGGGGGCACGUCCUCCAGCCAGCUUGUGGCCAUUUUGAACCGUCCAAGCAAGGCCGAUUCCACAGGGGAAAAUCCCAACCUGAUAAAACCAUAUGUGCCUCAAGUGUUGACGGACAUCAUGAACCUUGAGUCGUUCCUAAGCGAUGAGGAUUUGUCACAAGAAAUGGGCCAGGAGAAGAUCAGUGAGGAUGACAUGUACACGUCACUGAUGCAGCUGACAGAGCUCCGCCUCUACAAGCUGGUGCGCUGGGCCAGGAACCUGCCACAGUUCAGUGCCAUUGCUACUGAUGACCAGAUCUUGUUACUCCAGCACUGCUGGUCAGAUCUCCUCGUUUUGGGAGUCUGCUGGCCAUCUAUACAAUCCUCUAAUGAAUUACGGCUGGCGUUCGGCAAAUCCAUAGACCGAGAGAAGGCCAUUGCCAUGGACAUUGAGGACAUCUUUGAGCGUAUGAUGUCUUUGACGGCGCAAUUACGACGGCUUCAUGUAGAUAAUUACGAGUUCGUAACGUUAAAGGUUCUCAUCCUUAUAAGUCCAGAUGUGAAGGGCCUGAAGGAUCCAGACAAGAUUCGGGAUCAGCAAGACAAGAUCUGCGAUGCCCUUCACGUCUACACGGCUAGUCACUACCCAAAACACCCUAACAAGUUCGGAGAAAUGCUCUUACGACUACCAGAAAUUUCACGCUGUAGCCUCGUGGGUAAAGAGUAUUUGUCGUCUAGACAGAUCACAGGGGAUCUCCCUUCAUGCAGUUUACUCCUAGAACUUAUCAGGGGUGAAAACGAGGUCAAGGACACCUGAUGAGUGAGCAGUAGGUCAGUUGUGGAUGACCUUGACAUUGACCUCCACAUGGGUCAAGGCAGUUGAAGCCAUCAGCUUGAAGAGGCCUGGUUUUAAGUCAGCAGUGCUGGUUAGCUUGUUGUGUCAGGAAUUCCAUGAUGGUGUGAAGCUGUGAAUGCCAAAUGGCAGCUGUCCGCGGCAGGAGUUCUUCAAAGCGAGCAGGGGAAAGCGAUGACCUGUUGACAAGAUACAGUGCAGAGAAAGAGCAUGUAGCAGUUUGGUUAGUAACUUCAAGAUGCUUUCAGCAUUUUGGUGAACCAGCCAAAUGGCACACAUGUAACAGUGCCAGAAGACCGACAUAAAACAUUUUAAGCCCAUGGAUGGUUGCGUGGACAUUUGCAUAGCCAUGACAUUGACCUUGACACUUGAAGG